AGAUAAGUGUAUGUACGGGCUUUUAAACGAAACUUCACCCUGAAUUGCACAUAUCAUAUUUGUUAGUGCAAGAAGAAGUGCAGAAUCUAUUGAGUGCUGUUAUAGUGUAGUAUUUAUAAUAAUUACUAUGGCUAGUCCUACAAAACCUAUUGUUGUAGAAAAAAUAUCUACAUUUCGAAGAAGCCAAGUUCCUCUUGAAGUUUGCACCUUGCCUGAAAUCCCUCAAAAACGAAAAAGCACUGAUGCGGCAUUUCUUGUGUCGUUUGGAAUUUGUGUUGUUGUUUUGCUGUCGUUAAUGAUCUAUGCUUUAUGUAAUUCGAAUAUGGACAGAUUUAUACAUGGCUACGACAAAUGUGGCAAUGUAUGUGGCUCAAAAAAUGAAAAAGUAGAUGAUAUUUAUUGUUCAGGUCAAGACAUGUCCAAUAAACCAUUCUUGACAUAUGAAAGGACUAUGAUCUAUGACUCUUAUUAUGGCCUCUAUGAAUAUGUAUAUACACCUAAUAUAUGUGUCGACAAAUGUAACAGCAGUUACGAAACAAGAUUUCAUCGAUGUUUUCCGGAAGGAGGCGACAUAGAAUUCUUUCCUGAUAUGGUCGAUGCAGUUCAAAAAGAAUCGGAUAGUCUGGCAGGCUUAUGUUUGAUUGGAUUAGGUUUAUCAAUUGUGGCUUUACUGUUAUUCCGCUAUUUUGUCAAACAAUUCGUUUGGACUAUGUUAAUUGGUAUUAUACUAUUAUGGUUUGCAAUUACUGGCGGCAUUUGGUAUCUAUACAGCGACGCUACUGGUGAAGCGAGUUCUUCUUUGUUAUAUGUUGGUAUAAUUUUUACAAUAGUAGGAAUUGUCUUCGCGUUAUGUAUUUUGGUACUCAUCGCUAGAAUCAAGUUAGUAAUAUUUUUUUUCGAAGAAGCUGCCCGGAUUGUAUUUGCAAUGCCUUUACUCUUGUUAGAACCUGCCUUAACUUUUCUUUCAAAUUUUCUAGUUAUGGCAAUAUUCGUAUACACAUUUUUAUUAAUGGCAACUUCGGGUAGUCUACAAAAAGAUCCAUUAAACUAUGACAGAUACGAAUAUAUUCUUAAUGGUGCUACGAUUUUUGUUUUGUGUUGGAGUGUAAUUAUGAUGAUAUGGACGCUUCUGUUCAAUUUAGCAUGUCAGCAAAUGGUUAUAUCAGGUGCUGUAGCUACUUACUACUUUGCCAGAGACAAAGUAAUAGUCGUGUCUCCAAUUUACAACAGCUUCUACAAUUUAAUUCGUUACCAUCUUGGUACAGUGGCAUUUGGUUCACUUCUUAUAACAAUAAUUACUGUGCUGAAAACCAUAAUCAGAGGACUGGCAAGUCAGAAUGGCUGCUUGCGUCUUUUAUAUAUCUGCUUUAAACCUUUAGAAGACUUACUAAAAUAUAUGACCUCAAUGGGGUACAUCGAAACUGCUAUUCAUGGACAGCCGCUUUGCCGAUCAAGUAUUCGUGCCAUUAAUCUGAUCAUUUCAAACUUAUUAAGUGCCAUAGCGAUGAAUUCGAUUGGAAAUUUUGUGUUUUUUAUGGCUAAACUAGUAGUGGUUGUGAUAACUGUCGUCAUUGGUAUAUUAAUGAACUUGUCGGUAGUUACUAUCGUAUUUGGAGGCUUAGUUGCUUGGAUCUGCGUUCACAGUUUUUUUGUGGUUUUUGAGAUUGCUGUUGAUACCAUUUUUCUUUGUUAUUGUGAAGAUCAGUGCUUAAAUGAUGGUAAUGUGAACGCGUAUUAUACAACAAUAGAACUUCACAAUCAAAUUAAGAAAGCACAAGCACUUACUUUAGCUCUCGAAAACGCAAAACAGAAGAAAAAGGCCAAAAAGUAGGAUAACAUACCUACACGUUUAGGUACCUUCAUCAAAUUUAAUGUGCUUUAAUUAAAUGAAACUCAUUUAUUAUGUUUUUAAUAAAUAUGUCUAAUAAA